GAUGGAAACUAGAGAAACGUCACAAACAAAAAAUUCAAAAGGUGGAUAUUUUCCAUGGACACUCCAAGAGAGUCAACUUUUGAAACGUUUAAUCGUUGAUGGUAUCAAACGAGGAUGGCAUGAUUCAAAUGGUUCCAUAAGCAAAUCAAUGGUGGAGACAAAGAUAUUGCCGAUUCUAAAUAUAACAACUUGGAUACAAGAAGACAUACAACUAAUACCAAAGGGAAACAAUGCAUUUGGUCUUGGAUUUGGAUUAGGCAUUGAUGCAAUUGCUGAAAUGAGUCAACUUUUGAAACGUUUAAUCGUUGAUGGUAUCAAACAAGGAUGGCAUGAUUCAAAUGGUUCCAUAAGCAAAUCAAUGGUGGAGACGAAGAUAUUGCCGAUUCUAAAUAUAACAACUUGGAUACAAGAAGACAUACAACCAAUACGUAAAUCGAAUGAAAUCUUUGAAAAAAAAAUAUCAAAGUUAUGCAAAACUUUUCCGAUGGACAUCCAAAUCAUCAAUACAUGCGGAAUAACACUUUUGAUAAUUUUGAAGAUUUACAAAUCAUUUUUUGAAAAUGCUAUAGCAAAGGGAAACAAUGCAUUUGGUCUUGGAUUUGGAUUAGGCAUUGAUGCAAUUGCUGAAAUUUUUGAAGUUGAAACUAAUGUUCAAGAAAGAGAAGAUGUGGAGAAUGUCACCGAGACUGAAAUAGUC